AUGAUGGUAGUAUUCGGCUUUUUUCUCACUAUGGUCGUCAUAUUUAUUGGUACUGCUUUGAAAGCUGAUGCCACCAUAUUGAAACAAGUGUCAUCAUCAUUCAUAACCAUCGCAACGGCUGUGAACUUUUUUGUCUAUUACACAACCAGUUCUCAGUAUCGCCACAUAUUCGACGAGCUUCUCGGCAUUGGUCGUCUCAAAAGAAUUAUUGGGUGCUCAGGGAGCGAAGUGGUUUUUGAGAGCUCCAACCGUCGUGUACAUGUCCUUCGCCUAAAGACUCUUAACGAUUCUGCAAAUCGUUAA